AUGAACGAGGCAGCGCCCUUUUGUGUGGCCCCGCAGACGUGGCAGGGCGGCCUCGCUCGCUACCCUGCUAGUCAGUCGCAUAUGUGGAACAACAACAUAAUUCUUCAACCGGAGGACAUCGAUGUGGAGGUGUUCACUGCCAUAUGUCAAGUGGAGAAGCAAUAUAACAAGAACGAAAUCAGUGACGAGGACUUUGAGACACUGCAGCUGACGUUUUGCCUCUUCACAGUAAACCAGUCCUGCUACGACUUGAUCCCAAACGGGCGUGAAAUUCGUGUUACGCAGGCAAACGCCUUCGAGUUUUUUCAGCGCGUUCACGCUCCCUACGAUAACCUGAAGCAGGCGCCGACUCUGAACCAGCCAACCGAGUUCACCUCUCCCCCGCGACUCCGCAUGACAGGAGCACGGUUGCGCCUUACCGCUCAAAACACAGACGACCUCGAGUGGAUUCGGUGGACCGCCCAGAAUGACCCGGCUGCGCUUGCCUUCCAUCCAGACGAGCCGCUACGCUGGGCAGUCGUGCCGCGCAGCCGCGACUUUAUGAUUCGCGUGCAGCCGGAGGGCGAGAAGACGUUCGUCGGCCCAGACCAUCUCGGCCUCUUUCUCGACACGCUGGCUAUCUUGCUGACCGAGAUUGAGCGUGCCAUCUCUGUGUUCGGCUACUACCCACCCAAUUGCAUAGCAGCCGCCCCAGUUAUGGACCAUGACAAACACUCUAUCCACACCUCACAGCCCCCUCGUAUAACUCACUUGCCCUUUCCACCGCAGCGCGUCAACAGCCCCAGACGCUCGUCAUUGCAAAGGUCCACGAUGUCAGUCUCCGCCACGGCAGCAGCAGCAGCCACAAUUCAGAAUCGCCGGAUUAUUCGCCGUGCCUCAUCAGCAGAGCUAGAGAAGCAGCGCGCGCUCUUCUCCCCCACGCACGACACAGGAGGUCUGCUAGCACCUUUCCAAGAGUUGAAUGUGUAG